AUGGCCUGGUGGAUCCAGAUUGUCCCCCGUCCUGCCGUCUCGGCUGCAGUGCGUCUCAUUCUCCGAGCCACCCCUCGGCUCAACUUGCCUCUGUCGUCGCCCUCGCCCGCGCCCUCCUUUGCCUCUGCCUCUGCUUCUGUUGCCCCGUUCUUGAGAGGUGAGCCUGGAUCCCUGUUGUUGGGAGGAUUCGGUGGGAUUCAUCGGGCAACUUUAGCCAGUCCCUCAACCCCUCGUCCAGAGCAACUCCGUUCCGAUACAGGCCCUCCGCUCGGCUUCCGGUGGGCUCUGUCUUUAUGUCUACUGUUGACCGCGCAACUGUUCCCGUCUGUAACUGCUUCUUCACACCUCUCGUCCGCAUCUACUUGCCUUCCCCUCUCCGCCUCGUCACUAGCAGAGUCUAUCAGCCUCAACCAGUCCUCUCCCCUCUUCUCACGCUCCUUGGACUUGAACUCUUCCUGCCCCCAGACCAUUUUGGCACAGACAGACAAGAUGGGCUCUCUUCCUGGUGCUAUCCCGCCCUUCAGGGUCUUCAUCGUCGGAACCUCGUACGGCGGCGUCUCUGCGGCAUUGAACCUGCUCGACCUGAGCAGCGGCAAGCCCCCUCGUCUCGCCCACACGCCCUACGAGCACCACCCGGACUUCAAGAACAUCCCCAUCGACAUCACCAUCGCCGACGAGCGUGAUGGCUACUUCCAUAUCAUUGGCACGCCGCUCGCCUUCGCCGACUCCAAAUACGCAGCAAAGUCUUGGGUCAAAUUCGACGACAUCCCCUCGCUUCAGCGGCCCAACGUGCGCUUCGUCCAGGGCUCUGUCUCCAAGGUCGACCCAGCCACCAAGACGGCCACUGUCCUUGACCACGUCACCAAGCAGCCCCGGGACUACUCCUACGACUUCCUCAUCGCAGCCUCGGGCCUGCGUCGCGUCUUCCCCGUCGUGCCUCAGUCUUUGACGCGCAAGCAGUUCCUCCUCGAGGCCGAGGAACAGAUCCGCUCUGUCAAGAACGCCCCUGACGGUGUCGUCGUUGUGGGCGGCGGCGCCGUCGGCAUCGAGAUGGCCGCCGAGCUCAAGCUCUCCGAGCCCUCGACAAAGGUCACCCUCGUCCACUCCCGCGACAAGCUUCUCUCCUCGGAGGACCUGCCGGACGAGUGCAAGGACAAGGCGCUCGAGCUCACGCGUGAGGCCGGUGUCGAGGUGCUCAUGAGCCAUCGCGUUAAGGAGACGCGUGAGCUCGACACCCCUGCCGAGAGCGGCCGCGCGCGCUACGAGAUUGAGUUCACAAACGGUACCAAGCUGGUGGCGUCCCAGGUCAUCAUGGCCAUCUCCCGCAGUGUCCCCUCGACCGACUACUUCCCCGCGGCGGCCAAGGACGAGCAAGGGUUCGUCAAGGUGCACCCAAACCUGGUGCUGUCGGGCGACGUGCCCAACGCCCGGGACCACUUGGCCGUCGGCGACAUCGCGCUCUGGUCGGGCAUCAAGCGCUGUGGCUCCGCGAUGCACAUGGGCCACUACGCAGCCAUCAACGCGCACCAGCUCAUGCUGGCCAAGCUGACGGGCCAGGCCCACAAGCCCACCUUCUCGGAGCUCGGUCACGUCGAGCCCAUGAUCGGGCUGGCCAUCGGCAAGAAGGCCGUCGCCAGCGGGCCCCUGGUGGGCACCACGUGGGGCGAGGAUGUCAUGCAAGCCUACUUCAAGGACGACCUCGGCUUUAACAGUGAGUAG